AUGAAAGAAGCUACCCCCCAGGUUGAAGACGCAAAAGGGUUAAACGGUAAGCUGGGGCCUGACUCGCAGGAUACAAUGGGACUUAUUUCUCCAGGUAAUCAUGCUACCGAUCCCGAGAUAGACGGCAAUGAUCUUGACCCCAUAGUGAUCUGCGGGUUUUCGAUUAAAUUCCCCCAGGAUGCGACUUCCCCCAAUUCUUUCUGGGAUAUAAUAAUCAAUAGGCGCUGUGCGAUGACCGAAUUCCCUGCAGACCGGCUCAAUCCCGAUGGCUUUUAUCGCAAAACAAAUCGGCUGAAUGCAUUGCAUCUGAAAGGCGGACACUUCAUCAAAGAGGACCUGUCAGUUUUUGAUGCCGAGUUCUUCUCAAUUUCGCCUACUGAGGCAGCCUCCAUGGAUCCCAUACAGAGGUGGCUUCUCGAAACAGCCUAUAGAGCUCUUGAGAAUGCGGGCAUUCCGAUGGAUAGCAUUUCUGACUCUUUGACGGCCGUCUACGUUGGGUCUUUUACUAUGGACUAUAUGCUGCAAUUAGUUCGAGAUCCAGAAACUCCCCCCGCAUAUGCGGCCAUAGGGUUUGGCCUCAGUAUGUUGGCAAAUCGUCUCAGUUGGUUCUUCAACCUGCGUGGCCCAAGUAUCGGUCUAGACUCGGCUUGUUCGAGCAGUGCAGUAGCCGUAGACAUAGCUUGUCAGUCUCUGCAGAAUCGCUCUUGCAAUAUGGCAAUUGUCGCGGGUUGUAAUUUAGCCAAUUGUCCUGAAUCCUACAUCUGGAUGUCUAAUCUUAAUUUUCUAUCUGCAGACAGUCGGUGCUAUUCAUUUGAUCACCGAGCAAAUGGGUAUGCCCGAGGAGAAGGAGUUGGAGUGCUAAUCUUGAAGAGAUUAUCGGAUGCCAUACGCGACGGGAAUAUCAUCCGUGCGGUAAUAAGGUCAACAGCUUCGAAUGAAGACGGUCGAACCUCGGGAAUAACGCAGCCUAAUCGCAGAGCCCAGGAGCAAUUGAUUAGCCUAACAUACCAGAAGGCAGCCUUAUCCAUGGCACAUACUAGAUUUUUUGAGGCUCACGGUACUGGUACACCAGUCGGUGAUGUUUGCGAAGCGCAAGCAAUUGGGUCUGUCUUCCAAACGUAUCGUUCUUCACGAGACCCUCUAUACGUAGGCUCUGUCAAGUCCAAUAUUGGCCACCUUGAAGGCGCCAGUGGAUUGGCAGGUAUUAUUAAGACCGUUCUCGCUUUGGAGAAGGGUGUCAUUCCCCCAAAUGCCAAUUUCGAGAAUCCGAAUCCAAAAAUUGACGUAGAGUUUCUACGUCUCUGCUUUCCCGAAAAGAGUUACGCAUGGCCAAGCACAGGGCUCCGAAGAGCCUCUAUCAACUCCUUUGGUUACGGAGGGUCAAACGCACAUAUUGUUUUAGACAACGCUUACAAUUAUUUACGUUUAAGAUGUCUGCAUGGAAAACAUUGCACUAGGCCAUUUCCGCCAAGAGAUAAUUCCUUUAUUAACAGAGUUGAUGAGACUUUGAAAUCGGAAAAUCAAACUAUAUUCCGCAAGGAUAAACCCCCAAAAUUACUCGUCUGGUCAGCUGCGGAUAGGCAUGGAAUCAACAGGAUCAUUGAGGUUUACAGAAAUUGGUAUCAGGAAGAAAUUUCGUCUCAGACAAGCAACUGCAAUGAUCUUUUAGAAGAUCUAGCCUUCACACUUGGUGUCCAUCGCAGCCAUCUUCAGUGGAGAUCGUUUGCUGUUUUAAAGUCAUGUUUGGAGCUAAAUGACUUACAGUCCAGCAUAUCUGCCCCGUUUCGAGUGCGUCCUGAAGCGCCCCGUGUUGGAUUCGUUUUCAACGGUCAAGGUGGUCAAUGGCCUGGGAUGGGAAGAGAACUGAUAUGCUAUGCAUCGUUCAAAGAAGAUAUAAUUCGAGCGGAAAAAUGUCUAACAACAUUGGGAUGUACCUGGUCGUUAAUGGAUGAAUUGCUCAAGUCAGAGGAAACUUCGAACAUUGAUCACGCAGAGUUUUCUCAAACUCUUUGCACGGUUCUGCAAAUUGCGUUGGUAAACCUGUUACGAAGAUUUCAUGUUGAACCAUGCGCAGUGGUUGGACACUCCUCAGGCGAAAUCGCAGCAUCAUAUGCCGCGGGCUACUUGUCAUAUGAAUCUGCAUUGAAGAUAGCCUAUUUCCGGGGUCUUUGUUCUGCAGAGCUGGCAAAGUCUUCGAAUCCUCGUACUCGUGGGGCGAUGAUGUCGAUCGGAUUAUCAGAAGACGACGCCAGAGACAUGAUAGCAGUCUCAAAUCAGGCAGCCAGUAAUUUUGGAGUCUCGAUUGCUUCUAUAAACAGUCCCUGCAAUGUGACGAUUUCCGGGGAAGAGAAGCUUAUAGACGAACUGAAAACAAAAUUGGAUAAGGAGAGGAUCUUUGCGCGCAAGCUCCGUGUGCCAUUGGCCUAUCAUUCGCGACAGAUGAAUGCCAUGUCGUUCAAAUUUACUUCUCUCAUUGGCUCGCUGACGCUUUCAAGUAACGCUAUUAACGUGAUUCCCAUGUUAUCCACAGUUACAGGAGAGCGCUUAACUGCCAGUCAUCUGAAAGAGCCCUCAUACUGGGCGCUCAACAUGGUAUCACCUGUACGCUUUUCGCAGGCUGUAGAAAAAAUGUGUUUCCAGUCUGGCUCGAAUAUUUCAAAGAAAAUUGAUAUGUCUCAUAAAUGUGUUUCUGCAGUGAAUCAUAUAAUUGAGAUAGGACCGCAUGGGACUUUACAGGGGGCUAUUCGACAGAUUAUCCAAGCUUUCCCACGUGAGAAGCGCAUCGAUUACAACUCAGUCUUAACAAUGGGUCGCCCAGCUAUGGAUACCAUGCUUGAAACAAUGGGCAAGUUGCACACUAUGGGAGUAUGUUUGAGUCUGAGAGAAAUCAACGAGCCUCAAGAAGAACAGAAGAUGGCUCGGUCCAUUUUAGUUAACUUGCCCGAAUACCCAUUUGACCAUUCACAACAUUACUGGCACGAAAGUCGACUUAGUCGAAACUACAGAUUGAGGCCUCACGCGCCUUCCGAGCUACUAGGUGUUCGCUGCACGGACUGGAAUGCCUCAGAAGCUCGCUGGAGGCAUUUCAUUCGAAUUGCGGAGAUGCCUUGGAUAGGACACCAUGUGGUUAAUGGAACGGCUCUGUACCCGGGAGCUGGAAUUCUAAUAAUGGCAAUUGAGGCAGCAAAGGAGUUGGCCGGUGACAAUCAUUUAAUUGACGGUUACACGCUCCGCGAUACUCAAAUCCUUGCCCCCAUCAAUGUGGAUACAGACACCGAAGUCCAAAUAUCCAUGCAUAGGAUGCACCACUCAGGCCAGAAGGAACUAAUUUUUGAGUUCUUCAUUCGCACUCCUACUACCGAUGACGACUGGCUGCUUAAUUGCCAUGGCUUUAUCUCCGUAGCUUUAUCUGAUUUGUGGGACAAUUGGGAGAAAGAGAAAACAGCGAGCCAGCGAAGAAGUGUUGCAGAAAAAUAUGCAGCUCUUGUUCCAUCCUGCUCAAAUCCCGUCAAUAGCCAAAAUAUGUACAACUUUUUGAGUCAACAUGGCUAUGAGUACGGGUUCCUUUUCCAAGCCGCAUGCCGUCAAUUCUGUACCGAAGAAACAUACAAAGCUACCGCCGAAGUAAAGCUCUAUGACUCUAGUAAAGAAAGCCACGUUGUUCAUCCUAUCUCCUUGGAUGCCAUUUUACAUCUUUCCUUCACUGCUCUUACCUCGGGAGGUAAGCGAACGAUGGCAACAAGCAUACCAUCUCGCAUCGGCCAUCUAUGGAUAUCGAAUGAGGGUCUCAGCAGGCCGGAUAAUGAUACAGUAACAGCUUUCAGUUCUGUUAUCAAUGCAACAAAGCGAGGGUUUUCCUUUAGAGGAGCUGCUAUAGACAGCCAUGGAAGAAGGGACCUAAGAUUGUGGUGUGAAGACAUUCAAAUGACAAACGUGACUCCCAAUCCGAUUACUACUUUACUUCCCAAUCCAAAACAGUUUUGCAUGGGUAUCGAAUGCAAACCUGCUCUAAGCAAACUGUCAUCCAAGGAAAUUGGCGACCUUUUACACGAUAUGCAUCCAGUUUCUCCGGAUAUGUCAGGCUUUUUCAGAGAUUUAGAGCUGCUUGUUAAAACAUCCAUAAAACGUUUGAUUACAUGCACAACUCCCAGGACCUCAGGAUCUGAAGAAACAUGGAAGACGCCAUACUGGAACUGGGCUAAGCAUCAUUCAGUACAAGUCGAAUACUUGGCUGGAACCGACGAUGAUUUCGAGCAUCUUUGUGACCACAUGCGAACAACCAAUAGCAUCGGGCGCCUUUACGAAACAGUGGCCUCGAAUCUUGUCGCAUUCUUCAAUGAAGAAGUCAAUCCUCUGGAACUAUUACUUCAGUCGGGAAUAUUGAAAGAGUACUACCAGGAACUAGCCAACUAUAGGUGCACAAAGCAGGUGGCAAGCUACAUUGACCUGCUAGCUCAUCAAAACCCCGGGUUGAUGAUUUUAGAACUUGGUGGAGGAACUGGUUCAGCGACUCGAAACAUAAUAGGCGCCCUUUGCUCAAGGUCAAACAAUCACACAGCAUCACUAAGAUGUAGUCGAUAUGACUUUACGGAUAUCUCACCUGCAUUUCUGGAUAAGGCUCGGGAAGAAUUCCACCCUUACCAUUCUCAAAUGACUUUUGGCACGCUCGAUAUAGAACAGAAUUUUGCCGCACAAGGUUUUAAGGAAGGUAGCUAUGAUGUUGUCAUAGCUGAUAACGUCCUCCACAUCACCAGAAACCUAGUGUACACUUUGCAGAAUGUUAGGAAGGCUUUGAAACCCGGUGGCAAGUUAAUAAUACACGAACUGCUAAAACCGUCGGGAUGGACGACAGGGUUCAUUUUUGGAUUUUUCCCUGGCUGGUGGCUAGGUACACAGGACAACCGAAUUUUAUCUCCAAAUGUCUCCGCUAAUACAUGGGACACGAUUUUGAGGGAAAGUGGCUUCUCUGGCGCCGAUAUUGUCUUGCGAGAUUUUGAAGAUGAGGUAGCCCAUCAGCUGGGCCAGAUAAUCUCAACAGCGAUUGAGGCGACACCAUCGCCUACUCCACGACUACCGCGGCGUGUUCAAGUAACCAUCAUCGUGGACCAAACCUGUACAGAACAAUUAUUGCUAGCUAGGGAUUUGUGUUCUCCUCUGCAGAAGCUGACCGAAUACAUGCCACGGGUCCUCCACAUAGAAGAGGCUCUUUCUAAGUAUCGCAAAAGAAAUGCAAAUGAGCUGGUCAUUCUUCUAGCUGACUACAAGAACUCGUUUCUCAGUGCACUUGAUAGUAGAAAUUGGAUAUACCUCAAAACGCUUAUCCAGGGAUCAUAUCACUUGCUAUGGGUAUCCAGCGGUGGAGGACAUUUCCCUAAUCCUGAGUAUGGAAUGCUGGAUGGCUUUGCACGGACAAUGCGAUCCGAAUAUUACGAGCUUCAUCUGGUUGUCUUAGCGCUAGAUGCUACGAGGGUUUAUGAUCCAACCACAAGUCGGACUCUAGUAAUGCAGGUGGUGUCUGAGAUGCUUGAUACUCAGUCCGGUCACUACGAAGAGGAAUACAUUGUCAUCGAUGCACGUUUGUAUACUCGGAGGCUCGUCGCCGCGCAUGAUCUGAAGUCAACUAUGGAUGCAAAACUUCAAACAUAUGAAGUUCUAUCCAUCCCUCUGAGAGAGAGACGGUGGAUUCAAACGUCGACAGAAUCAAAUUCAGAUUUUGAUAACACCCUGUUCUAUCGUGAAUUAUUUCCAUCUAAUGAAGGAGAUCCAAUGUCUGAUUUCGUCGAGAUUCUUGUCAAAGCAGUGUCUCUCCAGGAUUACGAGCGCGAUUCUGCUAGAAACCCUGAACCAGACUCGACGUUCGGUAGCUAUUGCUCUGGUGUUGUCCUCUCCGCUUGUCCUGGUUCUAAAUUCCACCCAGGUGAUCGCGUUUUCGCUUUCAGCAUUGGCUGUUUCCAGUCGCAUGUCAUGGUGUCUUCCACGGCGGUUGUGAAGAUUCCACCAGAUUUGUCCUUUGUUGAUGUUUGUCGAGCAGCUCCGUCUAGACUAAUUGUUUACAAUGCGUUGGUUGAAGUUGGGCACAUCAAAAACACAGAUGUGACAUUGGUUCAGAACGGUGCAGGUUCUAUGGGCCAAGCAGCCCUCCGCCUCCUCUGCAAUCGCGGUGUAAAAGAUGUAUGGACCACAGCAGCCGAUCAGAAAGGCCGGAUGCAGAUUAUACAAACUUUUGGAAUUCCAGAAGAACGUAUUUUACCAAUGAGCUGGUUUCACACUGAGACAAUAAUCGGAUCACAGUGGAUGCAGAGAUUUGACGUCGUCUUCUUGCCAGAGUUGAAUUUUUCAACAUCAGCCUUGAUGAGACUGGGGAGAUCUGGCGGUCGAUGCAUCAUGCUAAACACUACCAGUGGGUCUUCUAAUAGCCUUCACUCGAUCCAAUCCGUGCCCCCAAACACGAUGUUAUCCAUAAUUCACCUUGGAGAGAUCACAAAAAGGGCCAGCCUCAUCAACUCAGCAUCUUUACAGUAUGCGGUGAUGUUCUCACACCUCGAGAGCACAAUAUGUCCAGCCCUUUGUUUCCCCGCAUCUGAUCUAAUGAGAGCUUUUAAUGCACUACGGAAUGUGAAUAACGGAGAGAAUGUAGUCAUGGACUUAGAUGACAGUAUCAGGAUAGAUGUUCGAGUUAAGUCUCUUCCUAAAAAACUCUUUGGUUCCCAAGCUACAUAUUUGAUUGCUGGGGGUCUUGGUGGCUUAGGAAGAGAGAUGGCUCGAUGGCUUGUGAGCCGAGGCGCGGUUUACCUCAUACUACCAUCGCGGUCUGGCCCACGAACAGCAAAAGCUCAGCAAUUUCUUACUGAAAUGGGCAAUAAAAAAGUUCAUAUCGAGACACCCCGUUGUGAUUUAACCGACAGAACUGCCUUGCGAUCUAUGUUGAUCAAUUAUUCUAAGAGGAUGCCCCCUAUCAAAGGCUGCAUCCAAUCUACCAUGGUCAUGACGGAGCUAGUCUUUCAGAAAAUGGAAUUCGACAAUUGGAAAGCCACAAUCGAUUCAAAGGUCAAAGUGUCAUGGAAUCUCCACUUGGAACUUCCGCGUGGUCUUGAUUUUUUUAUCCUCAUAUCCUCAAUGAUGGGCAUUAUGGGAAGUGCCUCCCUGGCUGCCUAUAAUGCUGGCAACACCUAUGAGGACGCCUUGGCGCAUUACCGAGUAUCACAAGGUGAGCGAGCUGUCUCACUCAAUCUGGGCGCUGUUCCGGACGGAGGUUACUUAGUUGAACAUGGGAACUAUAUACCUGGCAUGACGCGAACAGAAAAGUACGCUCUUACAUAUGUUAAAGAGCUCUGUGUGAUGCUGGAAAUAUUCUGUGACCCCGAUACUCUGCGUCGUAAUUCCUUUGGCUGCCAAGCCAUAGUCGGAAUCCGACCCCCAGCACACUGGAAGCACAUAGAAGAGGUACCUUCUACUAUGGCCCGGCCCUUCUGGGGACAUAUGCAUCAUGUUCCAGUCACUCACCCUGAUGAACUACAGUCCCCAAAUGCGGCUACUCAUCAAGAUCGACACAAUAUUGUAGAGAAAAUCGCAACUGCGGAUUCGCUUCUAGAAGCUGCUGAGAUUGCUGCUGAAGCCCUAGCUGACCGGGUCGCUGCCAUUUUGGGAACUGUCAAAGAUCGUCUUGACUUUCAAAGGCCCCUUCACUCCUACGGCAUGGAUUCAUUGUCGGCUAUUGAUUUACGCAACUGGAUCGGCAAGACUUUUGACAUAGACCUGCCUAUUUCUGACAUUUUUGGAGGGAUAACAUUGGCCAGUGCAGCUAUGACCAUUGUCCAAAGAACCAGCAGUAGGAAUGUCACCACACCGAGAGGAUUAGGGCACUGAGAACAAAAACCGCCACUCAGCAAAGAAAAUAUGGUACGUAGAGUCACCUAAAAGAAGAGAUGACCUCAGAAGGGGGUCCAGGAGGAUGAGGGCAUCAUCUCUUAGCUAUAUAGUAGAAGUAGAAAUGCAGAGGUGCUUUUCAUGCUCCGUACCAACAGAGAAGAUAAGCAUCAUCAUGAUUAAAAGAUUUAUGGUAGUCUG